AGUUUCUUCACUGGUGCCCUAUAGUAUAUUCUUCACAUUCUAAGAUAAUGGUGGCCACAUAGUAGUAGUAUCACUCAACAAAUGCUUGCCAAAUUGAAAGGAUUUAUCAAAAUGCAAAGUGGGAUAGACGGCGAAUCUGAAUCAGAAAAAGAAGUUGAGGAUUCCAUCAUGUCCAGAAAAGCCCUUUAUAAAUCAGGGGUCCCUCAGCUGGAGAUCCCAUUUGCAGUACAGAAUGUCAUCUCUAGGAUCGAGCAAGCACAGCUUUAUCGAGCCAGAGAGGACAUUAACAUGCAGCUGACUGACAUAAUGCUCAAUGUGCAGCGGAUAAUAAAUCGCUACACUCUUGAUGAGAAUGUGCACUCUGGAAGAAAAAUAUCCCUUACAGAAUAUAAGAAACGGAGAGGAAAUUUCCUGGAGAAAAUAGUUACUUAUGCUAAGAAUGCUGAAAUUCGAGAAAAGACUCUUGUGUACAUCCUGGCCUGGUUGGAAGAAUGGAAUGCCAUUUUGUCUGAGAUGACUGCAGUUGAUAUUGAGGAACACCACCACUGGAUAGCACAAAUGGAGUUUUUACCAGAAACAUUCAAAGCUAUUGAGAACAACGUCAAGAUACUGAGUAGAAUUAGUGUAUCUUUGCUUGAAGAAAAGAAGAGACAAAAGAAAAAAAUAACAUCUAGAGGUACUCUAUGGAAAUCUUGGAAAGAAAGAGUUAUAAAGCGACCUGCAACAGCUCAUGCUUUAAGACCAGAUCAGAUAAUUAGUGAUGAAUUUGCAACAAAUACAAAGGUUUCAGAAAUCCAAGAUAUGCUACAGGAACUCAUAAACACUACGAUGUUCAAUAAAUUGGAAAACAAUGCUAUUAAAUAUAUAUCAUCAACGAUAAUAAACCUUUCCAAAGCUUUGAGUACACUAAAUGAUGAACUAAAAGUUUCUAACCUCCAGAGUGCCAAUAUGUAUAUAAGUGAGACAAGUGAAAAAGAAAAAGAGCUCUCCCUGAAGAUAAUGCAAGAGCUCAGUGAAAAAAAUGAAAUGCUUCAGCAGAAACUUCAAGAUGCAGAAGAAAAAUAUGAACAAUUUAUUCGGUCCAAAGGUAUUUUAGAACCCCAAGUAGGUAUAGCAUUACCCACAUCAACCUUGAAAGUGUUGCCUGAGCUUUCUUCACAAUCAUCCAGUAGCAAAGCUGACACAGAAAACAGUAUGGAUGAUAUUUUGGUUAAAGAAUUUGAAAAUAUUAUAGAUGGGACCCAAACAAAAGGGACCAAAGGCUUGGGGAUCAAGUGGGACUCAGCUAUUUCAUAUACAGCCCCAGUUGAAAUGACUCCAGAUUUAAUUGAAGAGCGAUAUCCUUUACUUGAAAAAAAACCAAAAAAGUCUUCUGAAGAUAUCACUGAAGAUAAGAUAUCACUGAAGAAAAGUGAUGUCUAUCAGAAAGAUGGGACUGACCAGUAUCAAUCACAGAAAAAACAGCAAACUAAAGGCCCAUAUAUGCAUGAGACCUCUGGAUUAAAUGUGAGUGAUGAUAAAGGUAAAGAGAAAGACUCAGAGACCAAACUUGAUUACCAUUUGGAGCUACAGUCACUAGAAAAGAAGAGAAAAGAAAUAAAAUCCAUUUCCGAAGACAAAUCAAAGUCAUCCACUGAUUCAAGAAGUCAACAUGUCCCUGCUGAUUACCCUUCUACUGACACAAAAAGCCAAGGUGGCAGAAGUGGAACAAGUAGUAUAUGGGAACAAUUCAGGAAGCUCAAGCCUGAGUAUUCACAUGACAAAAGCCAGAUUUCUUCAGAGAAUGAAGAGGAACCCACAACUGAGUCAAUGGACAAAGAGAGCAAAAGUGAGAUGAGUGGCCAAGCAGAGCAAUUUGGGUUCACCCAACUUGGUUAUUCCUCUGAGAAAGUGAAAACAAAAGGAAAGAAACACCACGUCACUUCAGAAACCACCACAAGCAAACAGAGAAAAACCGAAGAGGACAUAUUAGUCCUCACCAAGAAAGUCAAGUCUCACGGACUUGUGAAGCCAAAAUCUAGGGUAGCAGAAGAGACUUCAGAAUCUACCAGAGCUCUAGGAAGUCCAGACGGUAAAAGUGAAGAGAGUAACCUAGAAGAAUUUCAAAAAGCCGUAAUGGCUUUCCUAAAAGAGAAAAUUGAUAACAUAGGAAAGCCUUUGGAUAAAAAGACUGUGCCAAAAGAGGAGUUAUUAUUAAAAACGGCAGAGGUUGAAAAAUUAGGAAUCAUAAAGGCAAAAAUAGAGGAAUAUUUCCAAAAUGUGGCUGAAACUGUGACAAAAACCUUGAGGAAAUACAAAGAUAUAAAAAGUGCAGGACAAGUUGGAGAGAAACUUAUGAAACAAAAAAAAGAAGUCUCAAUUAUGCCAGGAUUGCAUUUUCAGAAGCCCAUUAGUGCAAAGACUGAAAUUAGCACAUUACUGUCAUCUAAGAGCAUGGACCCACUAACUGACAAUUUGAUACAAAUGAUCUUGACUGAAAUAGAAGGGGAAAGAAAUGCUCCAGUAGCCUCAACAGUAGGGAGAGACCCCAAGGAAAAGGAAAAACAUAGGCGGGAGGAACAUUUGCAAGAAGGUCAAGAAAAAAUAUUUGGUAAGGGUCUCAAACACCAGUUGCAAGAAGGGAGUUUUUGGAAGAAGGGCUAUGAGAUGAUAAAUAAAAAACUGCAGGAGGAAGAGUCAUGGCUCCAGAUGAAGGAAGGAAAGCAAGGACAACAGAAGCAGAAACAGUGGCAGGAAGAGGAAAUGUGGAAGGAACAGCAGAAACAGAGGAUGCAAAAGCAGACUGAACAAGAGGAGCAAACACAAAGAGAAGAGGAAGAUUAUCAGAAGUCAAAACAGCAGCAGCUGGAAGCAUGGAACCGAAAAAUGGAAAAACAAGCGGUGCCCCUGGAGAAGGAGAAGGGACAGCAGAAGAGGCAUGUUCAGAAGGAAAUGAGACAUCAGGAGCUGGAAAUAAAUUGGGAGAAAGAGGAGAAGCAAGAGCCAAGGAGAAAUGUAGAGGACCAUGAAAGGCAGAGGCAGAAAAAAACAAAAGAUCAGAUGAAGAUUAAUGAGAAAAACUCCGAAGAACAAGAAAAGAUGUUCAGCCAAACUUCAAUGACAUUGUCUCCCCGGUGGAAGACUAUACCGAAAGCAGCAUACCAGUUACACCAAAGAAAAGACUUCCAUGGGCAUCUUAAGGCAUUAGACAUUCUUGCUGAUGGAAAGCAGCCUAUACCAACCACUCCUCCCUCCACAAAAUCACCCUCACCUGAGGCCCUUCCAGUUUCUGGACAGUAUCCCACAAGGUUCCUCACUCUAACUCCUCAACAGGCCCAGGCACAGGGGAUCACUCUCACCCCUCAGCAGGCCCAGGCACUGGGGAUCACGCUCACCCCUGAACAGGCCCAGGCACAGGGGAUCACUCUCACCCCCAAGCAGGCCCAGGCACUGGGGAUGACUCUCACCCCUCAACAGGCCCAGGCACUGGGGAUCACUCUCACCCCCCAGCAGGCCCAGGUACAGGGGAUCACUUUUACCCCUGAGCAGGCCCAGGCACUGGGGAUGACUCUCACCCCCCAGCAGGCCCAGGCCCUGGGGAUGACUCUCACCCCUCAACAGGCCCAGGCACUGGGGAUGACUCUCACCCCUCAACAGGCCCAGUACCUGGGGUUCACCCUCACCCCUCAGCAGGCCCAGGCACUGGGGAUCACUCUCACCCCUAAACAGGCCCAGGUACUGGGGAUGAAUCUCAGCCCCCAGCAGGCCCAGGAACUGGGGAUGACACUCACCCCUGAGCAGGGCCAGGCACAGGGGAUCACUCUCACCCCCCAACAGGCCCAGGCACUGGGGAUGACUCUCAACACCCAGCAGGCCCAAGCACUGGGGAUCACUCUCACCCCUCAGCAGGCCCAGGCACUGGGUAUGACUCUCAUCCCUCAGCAAGUCCAGGCACAGGGGAUCACUCUCACCCCCCAGCAGGCCCAGGCACUAGGGAUCACUCUCACUCCUGAGCAGGCCAAGGCACUGGGGAUCACUCUCACGCCCCAACAAGCCCAAGCACUGGGGAUGACUCUCAGCCCCCAGCAGGCCCAGGCCCGGGGGAUCACUCUCACCCCCCAGCAGGCCCAGGAACUGGGGAUGACUCUCAGCCCUCAGCAGGCCCAGGAACUGGGGAUCACCCUCACUGAUGAGCAGGCACAGACACAGGGGCCCACUCUCACCCCUCAGGAGGCCCAGGCACUGGGGAUCACUCUCACCCCUGAGCAGGCCAAGGCACUGGGGAUCACUCUCACACCCCAACAAGCCCAAGCACUGGGGAUGACUCUCAGCCCCCAGCAGGCCCAGGCCCGGGGGAUCACUCUCACCCCCCAGCAGGCCCAGGAACUGGGGAUGACUCUCAGCUCUCAGCAGGCCCAGGCACUGGGGAUCACUCUCACCCCUGAGCAGGCCCAGGCCCAGGGAAUUACUCUCACCCCUCAGCAGGCUCAGGCACUGGGGAUCACUCUCACCCCUCAGCAGGUUCAGGCACUGGGGAUCACUCUCACUCCUGAGCAGGCCCAAGCACUGGGGAUCACUCUCACCCCUCAGCAGGCUCAGGCACAGGGGAUCACUCUCACCCCUGAGCAGGCCCAGGCACAGGGGAUCACUCUCACCCCUCAGCAGGCUCAGGCACAGGGGAUCACUCUCACCCCUCAGCAGGCUCAGGCACAGGGGAUCACUCUCACCCCUGAGCAGCUUCAGGCACUGGGGAUCACUCUCACCCCUCAGCAGCCUCAGGCACUGGGGAUGACUCUCACCCCUGAGCAGCCUCAGGCACUGGGGAUCACUCUCACCCCUGAGCAGGCCCAGGCACAGGCGAUCACUCUUACCCCUCAGCAGGUUCAGGCACAGGGGAUCACUCUCACCCCUCAGCAGGCUCAGGCACAAGGGAUCACUCUCACCCCUCAGCAGGCCCAGGCACUGGGGCUCACUCUCACCCCUCAGCAAGCUCAGGUACAAGGGGUCACUCUCACCCCUCAGCAGGCUCAGGCACUAGGGAUCACUCUCACCCCUGAGCAGAUCCAGGCACAUGGCAUCACUCUUACCCCUGAGCAGUUCAAAGCACUGGCCUGGGAAUUGGGGGUUCCUAUUACUCCAGAAAGUGCCUGGUUGUCAGCUGUCACUCUUACCCCUGAACAGACCCAAGCUUUAGGUGCCCCUCUCUCCUUAGAACAGGCUCAAGCAUUAGGGGUUUCUUUCUCUCCAGAACACUUCUGGAAAUUUGGAGUCCCUCUCACCUCAGAUAAAUUCCAUUCUAUAGAAUCUCCCCUUGAACAAGUACAAACCAGUCUUAGAUCAUUUCAAAGAUUGAAGGCUUCUGUCCUCCCUGGGAAAUCCAUUACAUCAAGCCCUAGGCAAGCCCCAGCAUCUGCUCCUAUUGCUGAGAAGUCCUCUGUAUUUGAGGUCUCUUCUACUCCUUUGCAGAUAUCAGGGUCUUCUCUUUCCCAAGACCCUGGGAAAUUGCUAGGAAUGAGAAUUCUUUCUGACCCUGGGAAGCUCUUGGCACCACAGACUUUUCCUUCCUCUAAACAGACCCUGGUUUCUGAAGGUCAAUCCACCUCUGUUCAGUUUGUAGCACCAGAGGUCCUUCUAUCCCCUGGGAAGCUUGCACGGGAGACCCUUCUUAGUUCUAGAAAGUUCUUAAGAGACUCUUGGACCCCUCAGCUACCUCUGAUAUCAGAGGCCCCCCUUGCCCCCAGGCAGCCCCUUAUAUCUGGAGUCCCACUUUCCUCUGCACAGAUUCCCAGUCUCUUGGCUCCUCUUUCCCCUAGGAAGCCCUUGGUUUCUGGGACCUCUUCUAUCCUGGAACCUAGACCCUUAACACUCUCUGAGCAGCCCCAGGCAUUCCAGCCCCCUCCUACCUAUGAGCAAUCUCUCUAUCUACAAGUUCCUUCUACUCUUGGGCAGCAUCACGCUUCCCCACUGGGGAUCCCUCCCAGCCCUGGGCAUCCUCCAACACUACGGACCUCCCCAACCCCUGGGAAGCCCCAGAAAGAUAUGUACUCUUCUAUAUCUAAGAAAAGUAAGGAAAGAUUGGCAAUUAUUUCUUCUCUGAAAUCGAAAUCAGUCCCUUUUACUGCAAAGGACUUCCAAAUAUCAGAGGUCUCUGACACUUCUGAAGAAAUCCAGACAUGCCAUGAUCCUAUUGCCAUGGAACAAUUUAGAACAUUUCAGUCCUAUCUCACCAAUUACAGGACACCAGUAUCACAAACCCCUUACACUGGUGGGAGGGCCCUUCCCCCUCUCAUGAAGCCUCUUACUACUAAACUACCCAAAACACCACAAAUUUCAUCUUCUGAAUGGGACCGGAAAACCCAGUUCCCCCCUAUAGAUAAGUCCUGGAUACUGACUUCAGAUUCAGUUACCAAGAAACCUAAGAUGAUGGUGUCCCCUUCCUCUCUCCAAGAGCUCAAAGAGCAGAGGUAUUUUGUUGAUGUGGAAGCUCAGAGAAAGAACCUGAUACUCUUAAAUCAGGCCACAAAAUCUUCUGGACUGCCUUCACAGCUACACACAACAGCUAGGAAUCUCAUAAUUGAGACACUUCAUAUGGACACAGUUCGGCUGGGAUACCUAUUCCGCAAGUACAUUGCUUACAGGCUGAUCCAGCGUGCAAGAAACAACAUAAUCAGACGAUUACAAGCCAUCCAAAACACUGGGAAAGGUUAUGAGACCCAGAACCUCUUCAUAAUGCUGAGCAGAAUUGAUGACUACCAGAAAAAGAUGAUGCAGGUCUGGACCAACAAGCAGAAGUCUUUAGAGCAGAAACGGAAUCAGUGCCUGGGGAAAAUGAUGUUCUUAUUUAGCCAGCUUCAAGGGAUGUAUAAAUUGAAUCUUAGUCAACCUAUCCCUUUGAUCAUCGAUAAAAAGCAGAUACCUGCCUCUACCAAAUUUGUCCAACAGCUGCUAAUAGAAGACGAUGGAAAGUCUGACACAUUGAAGAAAUUUCGACAAGAAGACCAAAUGGGAGCUAUCUGGAAUGCUGAUCUGUCAACUUCAAGCUACCCAAUAACAGAGAAGACAUCAAUAAAUUCACUCUGGGCUCAGCUGGGUGGGUACCCAGAUAUUCCUAUGCUACUCCAGUUAGAUGUUCAGUCUAUCUUCAGAAAAUCUCUUGCAUCCAUUAAAUCACAGUAAGUAAAGGGAUGGGAGCACUUUGGUAAUGAGGCCUUUGGUCAUUCAUAUACCUUCUGUUUCCCUAACUUGACCUUAUCUUAUAGCACCAGGGAGUGACCAAAAGCAGGUGCUUGGUGUGAAGUUAGACAUUACCUUUUCCAGAUACCAUAUAAAU